UUCCAGAAUGGGUUCUAGCUGGGUUCCCUGGGUGGUGGCUUUGUUAGUGACGGUAAUCAGGCUGGAUUCCUCCAUGACCCAAGGCAGAGAUUCUCCAGAAGAUUUUGUGAUUCAGGCAAAGGCUGACUGUUACUUCACCAAUGGGACAGAAAAUGUGCAGUUUGUGGUCAGAUUCAUCUUUAACCUGGAGGAGUAUGCACGUUUUGACAGCAACUUGGGGAUGUUUGUGGCCUUGACGGAGCUGGGCCAGCCUGACGCUGAGCUGUGGAACAAUCGGCCCGAUAUACUGGCAAGGAGUAGAGCCUCUGUGGAUGCGCUCUGCAGACACAACUACAAGCUGGGUGCACCCUUCACUGUGGGGAGAAAAGUGCAACCAGAGGUGACAGUGUAUCCAGAGAGGAUCCCAGCCUUGCAGCACCACAAUCUGCUGCUUUGCUCUGUGACAGGUUUCUAUCCAGGGGACAUCAAGAUCACGUGGUUCCGGAAUGGGCAGGAACAGAGAGAGGGGGUCAUGUCCACUGGCCUCAUUAGGAAUGGAGACUGGACCUUUCAGACAAUGGUGAUGCUGGCAAUGACUCCUGAACUUGGAGAGGUCUACACCUGCCUUGUUGAUCAUCCCAGCCUGCUGAGCCCUGUUUCUGUGGAGUGGAGAGCUCAGUCUGAAUAUUCUUGGAGAAAGAUGAGUGGAAUUGCAGCCUUCCUGGUUGGGCUAGUGUUCCUUCUGGUGGGGAUCGUCAUCCACACCAGGGCUCGGAAAGGAUGUGUGGAGACUGUUGUCUGGUGCUGAGGUCCCAAGAGCAGUUCUUUGUCCACAGCCACAUUAAGGUCAUAAUAGAAGCUUCUCCCCCUGGAGCCUGAAGAGGGAUUGAGUGGUCCUGGAUUAAGUGAAGGACAUUCAUGAGGUCAAUGUUCUGGAUGACUCGUUUCCAUGAGACCUUGGAGGAGUCCUGAACUGAUUCUAGAGUCGUGUGUUCUGAGAUCACGCAUCUCUCAUCUUUGUGCCCUUCUUCCUCCUCCUUGUCUAUACUAGUCCCCAUUUCCAAGGACAGUGUUCAGAAAUUCCCCUAAGACCUAGCUCCUUCCAAUCCCAAACUUUUUACUUUUCUGUGGUCCAGCCCUAACCCUCUAAGUUGUGA